AUGGUCGCGCGCCAGAAGCCGCCCACGGCGGCCGCCUACUCGGCGUCGUACAUGUCGCUCGCCGUGCUCUCGCUGCUCUCCUCGGCCGGCUUCUCGCGGUCGUCCGCGGGUGCCGCAGAUCUGCUUUCCGAGGUCAUGCAGCGGUACAUCCAGCUGCUCGGCUCCACGUGCGUCCAGCAUGCCAACCACGCCGGCCGCACCGUCGCGUCGCCGCAAGACCUGCGCGCGUCGCUCGAACACAUCAUGGGCGGAGAGCCGAUCGAAGAGCUGCUCGAUUGGGCCGAGAGCGAAGAGCGUCUCGAGCACGCACAGGCUCAACCAACCGGCGCCAACGGCACACAUGCGGCAGCGCAAAGCUCAACGGCGUCGGCGCUGCUCGACCCCAUGCGGGGACAGGACCUCGUGCGUGUCCUCAACACCGGCCGCGUGGCGCCGUCGCCCGACGACGUGGAGCGAAUCCACUUUGGCGCGCUCCCCGCCAAGCAGUUCGAACAGGUCGCAGCAGAGUCUCUCAUCCGCGAGGGGCUCAUCAAUCAACUCGUCUGGCCCGCAGCACAGGCCAGCAGCCAGGAGUCUGCAUCUUCGGACGAGCUUGUAUUCUCCGAUGUCGAGGAUGCACACAGCGAGGCGUCGGACAGCGAACAGGCUGCCAACGAUCCAUUCUCGAGUACAGCAGGACAUCGGCCGAGCAAGCGCCGGCGUGUGUCCGUCGACGAAUCCGCGCAGAGCAGGCGGUUUGGCGACGCGGUCAUCGACUACGUCCCGGCAUAUCUACCGCUCUUCCCCAGCGCCUCGUCAGCAGCCGAAUCGCCAGAAGCUCCACGAGGCAGCAGGUCGGAAGAAGUGGCGACAGGCUCAAGCACGGUCAAGGCCGAAGUGGCGCCUGUAGAGGUGGAUCCAGAGCAUCUGCUGGAGGAGCAAAAGCGGCGGGAGCUUGCGCAGCGCAAGGCGGAGGAAGCGGCCGCGGCAGCCGCAGCAGCCGAAGCCGAAGCGGCCAAGAAGGAGGCUGCGGAGGGCGAGGGCGAGGGCGCAGCGGCCGUGCAAAAGACGGCGGAAGAGAGGGCGGCCGAGGCGGAAAAGGCGUUCGAGGCAUUACAGGCGCGACGGGUGCUGCGCGAUUCGUGGCUGGAGAUGGUGCCGUACGACGCGUCGACGCUGGCAGCGACGUACGGCAAGGCGGAGCUGCGCGAUCUGGAGCACAAUGUGGCGGCGGUGUUGGGUGAUGCGUCAAUCGCGUCGAUCGGGGCGCCGACGUCGUCGCUGCGCGCGUUUGCGGCCGACUACCAGGCGCUGGUGGAGGACAGUACGUCGAGCGGAUCCGCGGGCAUCUACCUGACGCCAUCGGCGGCAUCGUACCAAGACGCGCUAGUGAAGCGACGGCGGCUGGCGCAUGCGCUGGCGGACGCAUCGCGGUACGCGCCCAACGACAGCCUGUACGCCGCUGUGGCGGCGCGUCCGUCGGUGCUGCCGUUUGUGCCGGGACCCAGUUGGCUGGUCUCGACGCUUCCGCCACCGACGCUGUACGAGGACAACAUCGAGGUGGCCAAUGCGUUGUCGGCUCCUGUGCUGACGCCGUUGCGACCGCAGGGACGACCUGCGGCGCUGAUUCCGCCAUCAGGGGCGCUGGUGCCUACGCUGGGCCAUCGACAUCCGUCUCAUUUGACGACGGGCGCGCGCGUGGUUGCGAGUGCGGAGCUGCUGAAGCGCGUAUCGCGCUACGACGAUCCGAUCCCCAUCCUGGACGACAAGCAUGCCGAGCGCUUCUUCCAUGGCGUACCUGCAUCGCGUGACCUUCUCGGCGGAUCGGGAUCGAGCAGCGAUCUGUCGUCCAACAUCUCGUCUACACGGAGCAGUGGAGGCGGUGGAUCGGGGAGUGGCAAUUCGACGCUCCGACCUGCGCUCGAGAAGCUGGUUCUGCAGAUGCGCGAGAAGGAGGCCGAGAUCCUACCCGAGGAGGACAAGGAGGAGCUGCAGAGGAGGCAGCAGGAGCUGCAGCUGCAGCUGCAGGCGGCGAUGGCGUCCGAGGGUGGCGCCAAGGACUCGGUGGUGUCGUCGGGAUUGAUCGCCGACAGCUAUGCGAGUCGCAUCCGGAACGGCAACAUCACCAUGGUGCAUACGUGGGAUUGGACGCCCAGGGAUGCCUACGAUACCGGCUUGCCCGGCAAGAAGGUGCGCAAUCCCGGAUCGAGAGGUGUGGGACCCGUGGCGCUCGAGAAACGCACCCGCACCGAAAGCGCCACUUCCGAUGCGGCCGACCUCGCACCCUCUGCCAGCACGUAA